UCACACACAUCUUUACUGUGUCUAAAAUAUCUUUAGUAGCUGCCCCCAUCUACAGCAGUACAUUGCUUUGCUUCUGUGUCGGAACACUUGCCUGCUUCUCCAAACUGGGUCCAAACUACUGUAGCUACACUGACUAACCUCAUACAAUUACACUUCAAAAGAUCAAAACUAUCCAUAAAUUAAAAUCCUAAAGUGUUUACCAAAAAGCAACAUGUUUUAUGUACUCUUGACUUCAGAGAAGCUUUACUUUGUUAAAGCAACUUUACAAGUUAUGAGCAGUAAACUAACAUACUUUCUGUUUUAUCCAGUCUAGACUAAAGGAUGACUGAAUCCAUCAGAACGAUAGAGUUGGCCGCGCUCGGCCGGCCAUUCAGCCUUGGAAUGCUGUAUGACUGCCGCCAAGAUUCACUCGUCCCUGGCAUGACACUGUGGGACUGUGAUGACUUGGAAAAAAAUACAAGAGAAAGACCACAACAAAACAGUGACUUUGAGAUAGUUGCCUCUGAAUCAAUUGAGGAUAAAUCCUCAGCGCUAACAGUUGAAGCUUCUCUGAAAGCAAGUUUUUUAAGUGGACUGGUCGAGGUUGAAGGAUCGGCAAAAUAUCUGAAUGAUCAUAAGGCAUCCAAAAAUCAGGCCAGAGUAACUCUGAAGUACAAAGCUACCACAAAUUUCAGGGAACUGUCAAUGAAUCACCUUGGAAGAGGCAAUGUUAAGCAUCCAUAUGUCUUUGAUAAAGGAUUAGCAACACAUGUAGUCACGGGUGUCCUUCAUGGGGCACAAGCAUUUUUUGUCUUUGACCGCGAAGUGUCCAAAACGGAAAAUCAUCAAGACAUUCAAGGCAACUUGAAGGUGAUGAUCAAGAAGAUUCCCUCCUUUGCAAUAGAGGGUGAAGGUUCACUGAAAAUGGAAGACAAGGACAGAGAAAAUGUUGAAAAGUUUUCCUGCAGAUUCUUUGGAGACUUUUCAAUUCAGAAACCUCCUACAUCCUUUCAGGAUGCAGUAGAAGUCUACCAAAGCCUGCCAAAAUUGUUGGGAGCCAACGGAGAAAACGCUGUACCAAUGAAGGUCUGGCUGUUGCCACUGACAAGUUUAGAUUCUUCUGCUGCCAAAAUUGUCCGUCAGAUAAGUAUAAGAUUAGUUCAAGAAUCACAGACUGUCCUGGAGGACUUCAGUGAGCUGGAAAUGAGGUGCAAUGAUGCACUGAGGACCACCACCGCACAGCAGUUCCCACAGAUUGGCAAAAAGAUUAAAAGUUUUAAAGCAAUGUCCUCUGAGUUCAAAUUGGAAUUCCAACGAACCUUGGCAAAGAAACUUCCAUUAAUCCGAGGAGGAGGAGAAGAGGAGGCUGGGCUCGCAGACAUCCUAAAGAAGAGACAUUCUUCUCCUUUCAACAGCAAACACCUGAAUGAGUGGAUGGACUGUAAAGAGAGAGAAAUCUGCAUGUUAAAGUCUUUCACCAACAUGAUGAAAAACACAAAGAUUGUCCCUUCUCAAAAUGGUCUUCAUGAGGAAAUUCUCAGUGCAGUCCAUGUUGUGUGUUUUGUUUUCACCUCACUUGGAAGUGCUGAACCGUACCUCUCAGCUUUAUCAAACUACUUAAAACAAACACCAGAAGACCCUCAAUGGGCACAUACCCAAGAUGUAGAGAAGGAACAAUGGUACCUUUCAAACAAAGUAGCAGAUUCAUUGCGAAACAAAGCAAAGCUCUUCAAUGACUUUGCAGAGGCUAACAAGGAGAACAAGAACAUUAAGUUCCUGACAGUAGGUUCCACAAAUGAAACACAGAAAGGUUCAAGCAUCUACCUUUAUGAAGAAGGCGUUUCUGUCAGUGAGAACUUUGAGCCGCCUUCAAAGCCGGAAACAGUGACAGUAAGUGAAAUAAACCAUAAAAGUGUGACGCUCAUGGUUUCUCCACCCAGAUUUGGAGCACAGGACAUCACCUCCUACUGUGUUGAGUACCGUGUCAGUGGAGAGGAUGGAUGGAAACAGAAGACCGCAUCAAAAGCUGAAGAAGUCACAGUGAGCGAUCUGAGUCCUAACACAGAGUAUAUGUUCAGAUGCAGAGCAGUGACCUCAGCAGGUUUUGGGCCAGUCAAUGAAGUCCCAUGUUCCACUAAAACCUUACCUUGCAGCCCUCCUGGAAAACCUAAAGUCGAACCAAAUUCAAGUGAGAUAUUGGUUAGCUGGGAGAAACCGGCUGAGCUUGGACAAGAUAUCCACAUUUUGAGCUACAUUGUGGAGUUUGCCAAAACAGACAAAGGGGUUAAAGAGGAAGAUCUCCAAUGGGAUGAAAUGAUGGCAGGAGCUGAAAAGGCAAUAAUAUCCGAGCUUCAGUCAGGAACAGAAUAUGUUGUCAGGGUCAGAUGUGAUUGUGGUGUAGCUGGCAGAAGCAAAGAAAGCAUCCCUGUUAAUGUCUGCACAACAAAACGUGAAUUUGCACAUCUUACAGAGUUCCUCAAACAUAUUAGCAAGAGAGUACAUUCUGAAUCUCCAUCAGUUUACAAACUGCCUCUGAAAGAAGAAGAUAUGGAUGUUGAUGGAUGCCGGAGGUAUAACCUUGGCAAAGAAUGCAUGAGGCAAAAUCGCACAAUAAUGCUUCUUGGAGCAACUGGAUCAGGAAAGUCCACUCUGAUCAAUGGAAUGAUCAACUACAUUGUUGGUGUAGAGUGGAAGGACAAUUUCAGAUUUCAAUUAACUGAGGAGGAUCAGACGAGAUCACAAUCUGAAAGUCAGACAUCUGAAGCCACUGUGUACAAAAUUAACUACCAAGAGGGGUUUAAAGUCCCAUUCUCUCUGACCCUUGUGGACACACCAGGGUUUGGGGACACAAGAGGAAUAGGAAGAGACAGGGAGAUCACAGAGCAAAUCAGGAGGCUUUUUACCUCUGCUAAUGGGGUAAGUGAGAUUGAUGCAGUGUGCUUUGUUACCCAGGCCUCUCUUGCACGACUAACAGCAACACAACGAUAUGUGUUUGACUCGGUACUCUCCAUUUUUGGCAAAGAUGUGGCAGAGAACAUUCAGAUGCUGGUGACUUUUGCAGAUGGCAAGCAGCCACCGGUUCUGGAGGCAAUAAGCGCCUCUGGGGUUCCAUGUCCUAAAAAUGAUAUAGGGCUUCCAGUUCACUUCAAGUUCAACAACUCUGCAUUGUUUGCAGAUAACAGAAGCAGCAGUGACAGGGCAUGUGAUGAGGGAUCUGAUGAGGAUGAUGACAACUUUGACGAAAUGUUUUGGAACAUGGGUGCCAAAAGUAUGGAGAAGUUCUUCACUGCUUUGAAAAAAAUAACAACCAAAAGCUUGCUCAUGACCCAAGAGGUUUUAAAAGAACGAAAACAUCUUGAAACAGCAGUUGAAGGUUUGCAGCCGCAAGUUAAAGCUGGAUUAGCAAAACUUGAAGAAAUAAGGACAACCAAAGAAAAGAUUAAAGAGCAUGAAACAGCCAUGAUUUCAAAUGAAAACUUUGAGAUUGAGGUGGACGUUAUAAAGCCAGUCAAAAGGCAGCUCACAAACAAAGGAGAGUACAUUACCAACUGCCAGAAAUGUUCAAUAACAUGCCACUACCCGUGUGCGAUAGCAGAUGAUGCUCAAAAACAUGGCUGUGCAUCAAUGGAUAGGACAGGGAUGUGCACUGUCUGCCCUGGAAAAUGCAUUUGGGAUGUGCAUUUCAACCAAACAUACUGUUGGGAGUAUGUUAAAGUAAAAGAGAAGCAGACACUGCUGGAGUUAAAAGACAAGUACAAAAAAGCUACAAAAGAAAAGAUGACCGUUCAGGAAUUGAUUGAGAGGCAAGAGGAAGAGAUUGUUCACCUUCAAGACAUGAUCGUGUCACUCAUGGAUCAGUCGGCUCAAUCUAUAACUCGUCUGCAAGAGAUCGCGCUGAGGCCCAACCCUCUGACCACUCCAGAAUACAUCGACAUGCUGAUUGAGGGUGAAAAGUCUGAGGCAAAAGAGGGUUACACGGCUCGAAUUCAAUCUUUGGAGGCAAUGAAGGAAAAAGCAAAAAUCAUCUCCAAAGUAGCUAAACAAGAUAAACUUACAAAAACAGAAGAAGAAUUGUCUGAAGAAGAACAGAAGAGAAAAGAAAAUAAAGGUUUUCUUAAGAAAGUUGCAAAUUUCUUUGGAUAUUAGUAAAAAACAGCCAUGUGUUUAAAACCCAUGUGUUAUAAACCAGAACAAAAGUGAGUUAAUUGAUGAAAAAUAAGUCAAAAAGACAGCUGAGCAAUUGUAAGACCAUUUUUAGGUUGAGAUGAUUAACAUAAAUGUGUACAUUUUGUAUUGUUAUGAUGAUAACAUGCUAUCAUUUUGCUAGUUAUCAAGUUAUCAUGACAUAUGACAUGUUAUCACUUCCACAUUGGCUACAAUGAACGUGUAACGUAUUCGGAUCAUUAGUGGAGCAUAUGUGCCACAGAAUGUAUCUUUUAACCGGCUAAACUUUCUGCCCACACAUGGUUUGGGUCACAGGCGAGACGGAGAGGUUUUGCCUUGAAAUUGUUUCUUCAGUUUUUGGAGCCGGUACAGAGCUGUGAAACAUCCAUCUACUGUCAGCUGUAAUCCAGCAUGACAUCAUGACUUCGUGUAAACAUACACACCACUUUCCUAAAGCCAAGUGGCGUGUUAUCUGUAUGCAUUUUGACCUAUCCAACUGUAAGACUCUUAUCCUGCCCUGUACAUGCACAUUUUAAACCAUAAAUAGUCAAUGCAAAGCACCUCAUGAAUGCUGAUAAGUAUGUUAAUGACUCUGACAGUUGUUCUUUUGUGACGCCGAAUCAUGCUGAAUCAUGGCGACUGGCGGAGAAAAAUUGUCGCACAGUGUAGGAUCUAUAGACUACCUUUAUGGAUAAUAUCUUCCAAAACGGCAGGCAUUACGGCACUCAGGGACCGCUUUAAUAUACCAGACAUAUAUGAUAAGAUUUAACAGAACUAUAAAUAAUAUCCAAACAAGCCUUAGUGGUAAAGGUGAAGAUUAUACUGUAUAUAGGGGAGAACCGGGGCAAAAGUAUUGCGGGACAAAAGUAACAAAGUGAUGUUCUCUGAGCCCUGAUAACAUUUGCAUUCUGCGACAGCAUCUUAGGCACACAACCCCUGGCAGAGCUGACAAAUAUCACCUUAUUUACUCACCGUUUUCCGCAUGUAGAUCCAGAAAGGUGUUUUCAACCAUGAAAAGUAAAUUCCUAAAGCAGUCAUUUUUUAUAUAUUUUUUCUUAUAACGUGUUGUGUUUCUGGUUUCAUAUGUUAAAGUUCUGAUCAAUCUACAGGUUAUUUAGUGACCUAACACAUCCCGGAGUUUGACAACUCUGAGUUUUUUAAAAUAAAAGUAAAUCGGGUUUAAAUGUGAGGAGAUCCUGUCGGGUCGAAAGUUAAACAUGUCACUUUUGUCCCGCUGAAAAUAAUGUUGUAUAUGUUGAAAAUUUAUAUUAUUCUAAUUUGAUUUAAUUUCAUUUUUAUAGUGUUCAUAUUGUAAAAAAAAAAUUAUUCUCAACAAUUUAAGUUUGUACUGUUGGUUGCUUUUGAAACAU